ACAGCCAGGCCAGCUGCCCCAGCCGCGCACGCGUCGCAAAGGAACAAAUUACUUGUCAAAAACACAUGGUUUGCGUGGUCUUACAACACUUAUUACUAAAAAUAAACUCUCUUAUGCACUGUUAUCACUCUAUACAUUCACUAGGUAAAUUAUAUUUUCGUUAAUAUUAUUCUUGUACUGCAUAAAUGUCAUUUUAUUAACGGUGUGUUCGUACCAUUUUCGCAAGGAACAAGUGUGCAGAUGAAAGAGGGCGACUACGAAAGGAUCAGUCAGUAAGUUUUUUUUUCUUCUUUUUUUCAUUCCUAUAUUUUUUAUCUUCUAGAAAAUUCAUAUUCAAAAAUAUAAAAUUCUGUAAAAUAAUAUAAUUAUUUUUAAAAAAGCUACAUCAUGACGAUUAAAAAGAAAAUUUUGAGAUAAAGAAUAUAUGUAAUUAACGUUGAAUAGUCUUGAUGUAUCAGACGCCUUUAAGCCUUGCAGACGCGACGUGAAUGAUCGACACGUGCAGUUCGCCACGUUCGCUUGUACGAUCCCCAAUAGGCUACGCUGCACCAGGCCAGGCUAGGCUAGGCCGCGCCGGACCGUAUACCGUACCCGAAGCUCCGGCGACUGUCGUCAGGCUUGCCCGCUAGCACUAGACUAGAAAGGGGAAAAACCCUGAAGACGGAUUGAUUCUUUGUUCAGCUUGAGCUCCAGAGCCGAGGAUCUGAUCAGCAGGCGACGAUUGAUGAAAGGAUGAAGUAAAGACCUAAGUCAAUCAUGGCUGGUACUAGAUAUUUGGCUUCACCUGUCCUUCUGAGACAGAUUCUGUUCUGUGGAGAGCUGCAGAGACAUCUCCUCUUUCCAUUGAAGUCAAGACACCAACAAACUAUUUCAUCAAGUCACAUCCAUCAUUCUACAAUGGGAAGACUAUGCUCUGGUCGCACUUCUACAGAGAUGAUAGGAAACCUGUUCCUGUCAAGGAAGAGGAUGGUGUGUUCCCCUGAUGUAGGGGCGAGUUAUCCAUUUCCAUUAAAUCUUCAAACUUCUGUAUUUUGCAACGUUUGGAAUACAAAGUGUGAACUCCAUGAUGCAGCCCCUUUUUCUUCAGAUAUCAUUAGCCCCAGUCCAAGUAGCACUGAUGUCAAGUCCAAAGUAAUUACUUUCAUAGAAAGUGAAGAUGAUUUGGAUACCUUCAUGAGCCAAGUCACAUCAGAAUUGAAUUUAUCAGAACCUUCAACAUCUGUGCAGAUUCUCAGACCACUUGUUCAAAAGCUUGUUAGUAUGGAUUGUGAUUGCAGAGGCAUAUCUGCAAUGCUAGUAGCUAAUCCCAGGAUACUCUCUGUGCAGAUGGGUAGACUUCUUGGCAACAUUGAUUAUCUUCAUAUGCUUGGAUUGAACUAUAGGCAGUUGUUGAAGACCCUUGAUGGAAACGCAAGAUUGUGGAAGGCAUCGCUUCAGAAUCUUCAGAGUAGAGUCAAGCAGCUCAGGAAGUUUGGGUUUGUGGAAGGGCAACUGCAAAGGUUGAUUGCCGAUUGGCCACAUGUACUGACCAUGGGUAGUGUCCAGUUGAAUACUGUGGUCAAGUUACUGAUGGAGAAGUGCAGAUUCCCCAGGGCGGAAGUCUUGACCAUAUUAUCAGACAGUCCAGCAAUCUUGAAAGAAGACCUAGAGAGUAUUGAACUUCGUUUCCAGUAUUGCUACUUCAGGAUGGGUAUCCAGAACAACUCCGAGAUGACUCAAGCCAAGAUCUUCAAGUACUCCCUUGAUCACCUACGCUGCAGACACCUUAUCCUUGAGAGACUAGGUCUGUAUGCUCCACCCAACAAUAGAGGGCACUUUGCCACAAAGAACCCAAGCUUGUCAAGGAUCAUUGAUAGCUCUGAUGGACGGUUUACAGAGAAGGUUGCCAAGAUCACUCUGGAAGAAUAUGAAGCCUUCAGCAAGAUUCUCCUGGAGGAAAUCAAGGUUGAACAGUUCAACAUAGACCAUCUUGGUGGAGGAAAUCUUGAUGAGUUCACAGAUGAAGACAGCCAUUAUGAUGAUAGUGAUGAUAGUAUUGACUCUGAUAGUGAGUUUUGGGAUACAGAUGAUACUGUCUCUCAAACACAACCAUUUGACUUUGACAAAGUUGAUUACAGAAAGAAAAGGUGAUGGAUUAUAUCUUUUUGAACUUUCCUGAAUCUGCACCAGGUAUAAUAAUGGUGCAAGAAAUUAACCAUUAACGCUGCAACCUUACACAACUGAGUAGAUUUUUUCAAAAACUUCCCUUUGACAGUGUAUUUAGUAAAUUUCCCUUAGUUAAUGGGACAUUGGGAGGAUAUCGCUUGAUAGUUAAUUGAUUUGUUAAUCUAAACAAGAUUUGCCCUAAAUUAUCUUUAGUCUUAUCACCCAAGCAAUUUCUGGUGGUAGGUGCCACCAAGGUAUUCAUGAAAAUUCAGUUUCAAUCAAAGCAGCAUAAAACUGUAAAUCCAUUUACAAUUGGAGAUGAAAGCAAUGAUAUUUUGAAGUUUCACUUUCUUUCACAAAAUAGUGAUAUGCACAACAUACACAAUAGUGGAGCGCCGUGGAAUUCAUCCACAGUGUGCUGCACUCGACCCAGGUGAGGUAAAUGCAUACCGGCAGGAAAUAAUUCCUCAAAAAGCUGUGUGCACCUAAAUUAAAAUCGGUAGCCUAGCUUAGCCGGGUAAUAAUAACAGGGCCCGCUGGGUAAAUAUACCGUUAUUAUUAUUAUAACAUAGUUGAUACGUGCAGAGAGAGUGGUUGAUACAUGUAUGAUCUCUCAGUAUUUAUUUUGUAUUUAUGAAUAUAAAAUAUCUGUUUGAACAGAUAGGGCUCUUGGUUUAGACAAAUAUGACAUUUGUGCUUGUUCGAGGUCAAACCAUAGUUUACAUUAUUAAAGUCAUGUAUUUGAAAUGUUUCAUUUGUCACUAGUUCCCUCAUUCCCAUUUCAGCCCCUCUUAUGCAUACUACAUUCGUAUUUCAUAAACAUGUAGCUGUGAAAUUAAGUGCAACUUUAUGUCAUAACUUUGCAAUAUGACAUUCAAAAUUUGAUGAAGUGUUGAACAUAUUCUGCAAAAUGCAUGUUUUUUCUUUAUUCAAAUUAACUUUUCAUUGGAGUGAGUUUUACUUACAUUUUGUUGGCAUAAUACAUGGUUGCGGUACACCAAUCGCCUUCCUGUAUACUUGGGUUAAAAAUCAACUGUCACUUCUCUUUACUCUUUUGCAUCGCUUGUUGGUUAUAACUGAGACCAAAAAGUCUACCACUGAGGAUGUUUCUAUAGAACUUUAAUAGUGCCAAAGAAGAAUAAAUGGAUUUCCUUUUUUUUCUCUCCCAUGAUGUGUGAAGGGGUUCUAAUUCUACACACAACUCAUUAUGCAUUCAGUUCAUGAGUAAAAUGCUCAAUUAAUGUUUGAGAUUGUGACUGCUGUGACAAAUGAUUUUUUUUCAUAUUUUCUAAAUAGGCUACGUUGCUGUAACAAAAGGCAGAGAAAACUUCAAGGUUCAUGGUUUAUUCACAUCAACAUUUCACAUUUAAAAAAAAAAUCAACAACUCAAUACAAACAAUAAUAUUUUACGAUACAAAUUUUCAUAGAUAAGCAUGAAUAAAUAUGGUAAAAUAUGAAAUGUAUACAUAAUAUAACAAUAGAAAAAAAGUACUGGAAUGUAUUCUUGUAAUUGGUUCGAAAAUAAUGACAAAGAAAGAAAGUGAGAGAUGUGGAAAUGAGGGAGCCAAAAGUAAAUGCAAAGCUUGUUGGUUGAAGGCUCCAAAGAAUAUGCAGUGAGUAAUUGUACUAGUAAAUGUUUGCAAUUUGGGAGUUAUAUUCAUGAGUUUCAUAUUUUUCAUUGAUAAUAUGAACAUAAUUUAGAACAGAGAAGCACAGGAAAUAAAAUUUCUUAGCAUGAGAAAUGAAGUGAGUAACACCUUCCAAAUGGAAAAGAUGACAUGAUAUUUGCUUUUUAUUUAAUGACUUGUGUGUAUUGCCAUGUAAAAGAUCUUUUCAGUAUUUACCACUUAAUAAAAUUAGAAAUUCUAUCCAAACAUUUAAAUUGUUAGAAAAAAAAUCAUGUAUUUGUGCUGCCUUGAUCACUCAUUCUUUGUUUCAUUUUCAUGGAGGCAAUUAAACUGCUCUUUUUGAAGAAACCCAUUUAAUGCUCGGCUUCUCUGGGUAUAUUUUCAUUGUUAUCAUAUUUUUUUGGCAUAGCUCCACAACUAUCAGUUUUCUUCAUUUUCGUCAUCACCAUUAUCAUCAUUGCAAAACACCAGUCUUUUCUUCUUGAGAUCCAAUCUCUUUGUAAACUCACUUGUGACAUUUUACUCUCAACUUAGAAUAUUCCUGUAAGAAAAUUCUGAGACAUGCCACCAGUUCUGGUAAUGAUCUCCUAUUGAGUUUGACCAGGAUUCAUGGAAUUUACCACCCAAGUGUUUUAUAUUUUUAAAUAAGAUGUUUUCCAAGUAAUAAUAAUACACUGUCCCACAUAUGACUAGAGAGUUUUAGGAGCAGUAAACGAGAGCGGCGUCGCAGUGGUCUGAUCGUUCGAGUCAACGUAGUCAUCUGCCCUUGUUCACUACAGAUGUGAAUAUGUUAGAUUUCACUGGACUUGUACGUGUACGUACGUCCACGUGAAACAGCGUGAUAACCAGCAGGUCAUGACACGCUGCCCGACCCGGAAGAUCUGGCGUACCAUCCUUCGCCUGGCGACCCGGUUGGGUGAUGCGAAGGUGCAACUUGUGCACACUUGCCCUUUCACUUGCUUUGAUACCUUUUUACGCGAGUUGGGAUAUAAUUAUAUAGAUAUAUAUUUUGGAGAUCAGAAAGCAAUUUCAAAUAUGAUAAACAUAAUGCGUCGUACAACUUAGAUUAAUUUUGUGAAGUCACUUUAAUGUGACCAGUUCUCUGCUUAAUAGGUUUCAUACUUUCACAAGGUUAGGCUUAUACACUGUCCCACAUAUGAAUAUCUGUGUUGGAGUUCUUUAGUGUGACCAUUUCUCUGCUUUAUUGAUUUCUUACUUUCACAAGGUUAGGCUUAUGUAAAUAUACCAGAUCUUGAUCUACAAUGAUAUGGUGACAAUAUUCCUCUGUUUGAAAGGAUAUUGAAAUAAUUAUUUGCUGCAAGUUCAUGAAUUUAGUGUUAAUGAUUCUUAAAGGUCAAGUCCACCCCAGGAAAAUGUUAAUUUGAAUAAACAAAGAAAAAUCAAACUAGCAUUACGCUGAAAAUUUCAUCAAAAUCGGAUGUAAAAUAAGAAAGUUAUGGCAUUUUACAGUUUCGUUUAUAACACAAAACAGUGAUAUGCACAAGUCAGUGAAAUGCAAAUGUGUCAGUCGAGGAUGUCCAUCACUCACUAUUUUGUUUUUUAUUGCUUGAAUUAUACAAUAUUUCAUUUUUUACAAAUUUGACAAUAAGGACCAACUUGACUGAACCAUAAAGUAUUAAACAAUGCUAAUUCUAUGUGUUCAGGGAGGAAUUAAUUGUUGUUUCACUCAACAUUGAGGAGAAAAUUAGAAUAUUUCAUAUAACAAAAUGCAUAAGAAAGUGAGUGGAUGACAUCAUCAGUCUCCUCAUUUGCAUACCGACCAGGAUGUGCAUAUAACUGUUUUGUGAAAUUAAGCAAUUCUUUAGAAUGUCAUAACUUAUUUUACAUCCAAGUUUGAUGAAAUUUUCAGUCUUAUGCUUGUUGGAUUUUUCUCUUUUUAUUCAACUCAACUUUUUUGUUGGGGUGGACUUGUCCUUUAAUUGUCAAGUGUUUCUCAUAUUUCUUGUAUGUUUCUUCCUUUGACUUUCACUGUGCUUUGAGUAUUUUCAGAGUUUACUUGGUUAAAUUAUAUUUUAAAAAAAAAAUUAUUAUUAUAAGAAAUCCCCCUUUAUUGAAAUUUCUUUGUAUCACUUUCACCAGUUUCUCAAAGAACUGCUUUCUUGUGUUUGUUAUAAGUCUGAAUAAAAGUUAAAAUAGAUGUGAAUUUGUACAAUGUUGUGCUAUUAUUUGUUUGUGAAGAGUUAUUGUUGUAACUUGUAAGGUCCCAAUCUGAAUAAAACCAUUAUAAACUUUUCUUGCUAUUGUAGCAUAAUGAGUUAUACGUUUAAGAUGUAUUUCAUAGUUGAUCGUAGAGGGCGAUAUUUUUAUGUUGUGAUACUUGGUAUGGAAAAGUACGUCAGUUCGCUGGGAGCUGCGGUGGCGUGCGGUUGUAAGAUGUAAGCUCCGAAUAAAUCAAGUUGAACUGUA